UUGACCCCACACUGUCACUGUUUGACCUUUGGACUUCCUCACAAACCGUGCACAUUUGUUGGGAAGCUCAACAUGGACACAAACAUUCAAUCUUGUUAGCCAGUGAAAAGCAUGUGCUCAACAAACAAAUUGUUACCUGUCACUCACCAUGGCUCUGAACUAUUGACCAAAAGAGUCAGGGUGGGGUUGAGGGCUUUAUAUAGGUGACCACACCUGCAUUCACUAAUUAGGCCAAAUUUGGGUCGAACCAUGAUCUUCAAAUGCUGGGUGUUACAGAAGGACACUGGACAUUUAAAAGUUGUGUUGUCUAAGCCUGAAUAUACUGUGUACGAAAAUGACUGCUCUACACAUGCAAAAGUACCAUGUGAAUACUUUUUAGACAUGUGAUGGUUAUUUAUGGUGAAAUUUACAGAAUAACUGUUUUCUUAAUUUCCCCUGUCAAAUUGGUCCCAGCUAGUGGGCGGGGCUAAGGGCUAUUUAAGUUGGAAAAUGCCGUUUUUCUGACAGUCUGCUGUCGGUCACUGCCAGAGGAGGUUCUCUGUCCUGAGUAGGAGUUUCGGUCUCCAUGCAUCAAACAUCUACUAAGAUUGUGGGUGCUUUGUUUUUUCUGUCGUUGUUCACCUUUUGACACUUUUUGGGAUUUCAAUAAAUGUUUGUAAACUCUCACCAACUGCGUGCCUUGCCAUCCUUGAUUUGAAAGUCUGGUUUGCAAAGGUUACAUUACCUUCACCCGAGCCUGGGUGUGACAUAUGGUGGCAGUGGUGGGAUGGCAAGCCGCAGAGUUUACAAACAUUUAUCUGGCAGAGGGCAGGCCAGAACUGGUUUGAGAUCCCAAGUGUCGGAGGUGGCAAUGACAGAGGAGACUGAUGAGAUGGCUGGUCGAGGGGCCACGGCGAUGAGGCUGGACCGGACGACUAUGGCUGAGGAGCAUGAAGUUGGAUGGAACACCGAGGAGUCCGAAGAAGACGUCAAAGGUUUUGAGAACUCUGGGGCUAGGCGUAAGCAGCAUAGGAAGGGGUCUAGGAAGGCUAGGUGGUCUGCUGAGCCACCAAGGACUGAAAGAGUGUUAAGUGAACCUACCCUGGUUAAUAUGUUCCAAGACUUUUUGAUUGGACAGCAACGUAGGGAAGCUGUCCUAGUUCGUGAACUCCAGGAGUUAAAAACUGUCUGUACAAGACCUAGCCUAGAUCACUCACUCACUAACCAAAAUGCUAACCGUACUCCUGACGAUAGUUGUGAGCAGUCGCCCAAACCCAAACCCAGAACUCGCCCACAUCCAAAUCUUAGUCCUCAAGCGUCGCCGUCCAGAGAUUCCUCGCCACCUGACCAUCAUCUCCGACAAGGCCCAAAGAUGCUCCCUUUCCAGCAGGGUGAGGACAUCGAAAACUUUCUUGUCCGCUUCGAGCGCAUCGCUCGCACCUGGGGCUGGCAUCAGUCUGACUGGGCCUGCCGACUCGUUCCACUCUUGACCGGUAAAGCUCUGGAUGCCUAUUCUGCGAUGGAGGAAGAUGCUUCCAACGUCUAUGCUGACCUAAAAGAAGCCCUCCUUGCUAAGUUUGAUAUCUCUCCUGAGACUUAUAGGCUCCAGUUCCGGUCAACCUACAUUCCCCCUGGUGAAUCUCCCAAGGAGACUUACAACAGACUCAAAGGUCUCUACAGAAGAUGGAUCAAGCCGGAGCAGCGUUCCAAAGAAGACAUCGCAGAGCUUUUCAUCCUGGAGCAAAUGAUUCGCUUGCUGCCCAACGAAAUGAAGACUUGGGUCAAGGAACACGAGCCAGAAGACGGACUUACUGCUGCUAAACUUGCAGGUCAGUACUUGAAUGCUCGUAAAGGACUCCGAAUGCCAAGGCAGCAGAACAACCGUGUAGCAGCUCAAGGUGCAGCCGACCUGUCACACCAAAGAGGUGUGCAGAAAGCAGGUGGUUACAGCACCUCAGGGGACAACAGACCGCUCCCGAGACAGAGUCCAGUGAAGGAUCUCAUCUGCUACCACUGCCAACAGCCGGGGCACCGAGCCCCAGUCUGCCCCUUGAAAGGUCCAAAGCUGUCCAGCUUCUGUCAUGUUCCCCAUCCAUCUGUGUCAGCUUCAGUCAUGGCACCUGCUCUUGCACCCAAUCCUGAACCUGAGGCCAAACCUAACACUGAGCCUAUCAUGAUGCCAGCUUGUGUUAAUGGCCGUCCAGUGCAAGCACUGUUGGACACAGGUAGCUCCAUGACACUGUUGAACCAUUCUUUUGUGUCACUUGGUAAUCUUGACUAUCAGCAUGCCACAGCCAUUCAAUGUGUCCAUGGUGAUCAAAAAAUAUAUCCCGUGGCUGAUGUGACCAUCAUCAUCGAUGACCAGGCUUUCUUGCUCCGUGUGGGGGUUCUUGAUCACAUGCCCCAUGACAUGAUCUUGGGCAGAGACUUGCCUAUUCUGCAUGAUCUUGUUCAUCAGACACACAAGCAGAAAGUGAAAUCCAGUUUUAUUCCAGCCAUUCAAGAGGCUUAUCCAGUACGCACCCGUGCCCAGACAGCCAAGCUAGGGCUGGAGCCUCUUCCUGACUUGGACCCUUCUCUAUGCCAGGGUGGUCAGAAGGGCCCCCCCAAAAGUAAGAGCCAGCGCCGCCUGGAGAAAAUCCAAGGUACUCCACUGUUGGGUGAUGUGUCAAGCUUGAAACCUGAUGAAGAGUGGCAGGUACCUGAAGACAUCCGAGAGCUACAGAGAGCUGACGUCUCACUGGCUCCCCUGCUGGCUAAGAUGAAAGAUGCAAACAUCCCCUUGCAGCCAAACCAGGGUGAAAAGUAUGUCCUGGAGGAUGGAGUCCUGUAUGUAGCAGAUCAGCCAGAGAAUCGCUUGGUGGUCCCUACCUGCUGUAGGCCCCUUGUACUGCAUCUUGCUCAUUCCAUACCUUGGGCUGGUCAUCUUGGGCAAGACAAGACUCUUGUUCGAGUCAAAGCUCUGCCAGAAGACUUCUCCGAGACGACCUGA